AUGGAGGGGAGCGCGGGGCCGGGGAACCUCUCGGCCAGCUGGUGGGGGGACACGCCGCCCUACCCUGCCUGGGCGCUCGCCCUCAUGCUCAUCGUCACCAUCGCGGGUGGCAUCCUGGGCAAUGGCUUCGUCAGCGUCUCCAUCCCCAAGAACAAGAAGCUGCGGAAGGCAGGCAAUGCCUUUGUGGUGAGCUUGGCCAUUGCAGGUUUGCUGGUGGCUUUCUAUCCUUACCCACUUGUCCUGAUGGCUAUUUUCCACGAUGGCUGCGUGAUGGGCUGCCUCCACUGCCACAUCAGUGGCUUCCUGAUGGGUACGAGCGUCACAAGCUUGAUCUUCAAUAUCGCUGGUAUUGCUAUCAACUGCUACUGCUACGACUGCCACAGCCUGAAGUACGACAGGCAUUUCUCCAGUACCAACACCCUGUGCUACGUGGGACUGGUCUGGGCACUCACUUUGCUGGCCAUUGUGCCAAACCUCUUCAUGGAGUCCCUGCAAUAUGACCCCUGUGUGUACUCCUGCACCUUUGCCCAGUCCAUCAGCAUCCUGUACACCAUCAUUUUGGUGAUGGUCAACUUCUUCUUACCCAUCACUAUCAUCAGCUACUGCUACCUGAAGAUCUGGGUGCUUGUCAUCCAGGUACAGCGCAGGGUGAAGCCUGACAUCCACCCCAAAAUGAAGCCCCAUGAUUCCCCAAACCUCUUAACUAUGUCUGUGGGCUUUGUGCUCUUUGCUGUCUGUUGGGCACCUUUAAACUUCAUUGGCUUUGCAGCAGCAGUGAAGCCAUCCUUGGGUUCCUCAAUCCCAGAAUGGCUCUUCACCUCCAACUAUUUCAUGGCAUACUUUAACAGCUGCCUAAAUGCUGUGAUCUAUGGGGCCAUGAACCAGAACUUCAGGAAGGAGUACAAGAGGAUCAUGCUGACUGUGUUCCAGCUGGCAUACAGGACUGAUGGAGACUAA